AUGAAAUACAUGAUGCAUUGUAUUUUCUUCCUCUCGGUGUUCAUCCUCUCGCCUUCGGCGACUGUGAUAGCAGUCGAUGAGGAGGUCUCGAAUGACCGGAUUGCCAGAUUGCCAGGCCAGACGGAGUUGCAUGUGGCCCAGUUCUCUGGCUACGUCCCCGUCAACAGGGGGGCAUCUCUCUUCUACUGGCUAGUAGAAGCUGUUGGCGACAACAAAAAGAAGCCACUCGUCCUGUGGCUUAACGGAGGACCUGGUUGCUCCUCCGUCGGCUACGGAGCGUUUCAGGAGCUCGGACCAUUUCUAGUCUCGCCCAUUGGCGAAACUCUGGUCUCCAACAUGUAUUCGUGGAACCGAGAAGCGAACUUGUUGUUCUUGGAUUCGCCUGCCGGAGUUGGUUUUUCUUUCUCCACUUACAACUUCACUCGAUAUGGAGACCACUCCACAGCCCAUGAAGCUUAUACAUUCUUGAAAAGAUGGUUCAAGAGAUUCCGAGGGUAUAAACGCCGAGCCUUCUACAUCGCUGGAGAAAGUUAUGCCGGUCAUUAUAUUCCGUCGUUGGCAGAGAUUAUUCUGAAGGGGAACUCCGGGAAAACAAAUCCGGAGAUGAAUCUCCGAGGCAUUUUGAUGGGUAAUCCUACCUUAGACGGGGAGACCGAACUGAAAGGCAGAGCUCUAUACUAUUGGAGCCACGGUCUUAUCUCGGAUGAUACUUACCAAGGGCUGUCGAGUACUUUGUGCAGCUCUCUUAAGACAUACAGAUUGAAGGCAUGUGAGCCCUACUUCAUCACAUAUUUGCUCGAGGAAGCCGGAAAUGUUAAUGGAUUUAAUGUACUAAGGACAGAGUGCAAGAAAAAGGAGGUAAUUUUUCACUAUUUUCUCGUGCGUCGAAACCUAACGAAUGGUAAACAUUCGCUGUACUAUAUCUAG